GGAGGUGAGAGGUGGGGCACAGGGGAGCAUGCGGCCGUGCACACCAGAGCCCAUGCGAGCGCGGCUGACCCGGAAGAACAGAGAGGUGAUUCGCCCCGGCAAGACAAAAAAGAAGAAGAAGAAGGAGAGGGAGAGUGAGAUGGAUGGGGGUUUGGCAGAGAGAGAGCAGGGCGCUGAUAGGGAGUUGGAGGAGGGGGGAGGGAGGAACGCAGGGAGGAGAGCAGCGGACGUGGUGUCAGGGUCAGCUGUUGCAUAUGAGGCAGCGUGGUGUGAGCAAGAGCAAAGAGAGGCAGCAGCGGCAGGGGAUCGGGAGAGUGCAGGGGAUCGGCAGCGGAUUCGGAUCGGUAGGGACGGCAAGGAGGAGGAAAAGGAGGAGGCGCAAGGAGGAGAGGAGGAGGAGGAGGAGGAGGAGGAGGAGGAGGAGGAGGAAGGAGAGGAGGAGUGCGAAGGAGGGGAGUUGCAACGAGAGCCGGACGGCACCCUGAACAUACUCCAUCGGCCCUUCGUGCCUGUCGAGGGCAGCUAUUGGUUGGAUCGGGGCGAGCUGGGUCGGGGCAGGUUCGGCAUCAUCCGGCUGUGCCUGUGCCGUAGGACGGGUGGGAGGUUCGCGUGCAAGACGAUUAGCAAGGAGCUGCUGACGUGCCAGCAGGAUGUGGAGGAUGUGCGGCGAGAGGUGGCGGUGAUGGCGCUCAUGCACGGCCACCCACACGUGGCUGCCCUCAUCGACACGUUUGAGGAUGAACAGCACGUGCAUCUGGUGAUGGAGCUGUGUGCUGGCGGCGAGCUCUUCGACCGCAUCAAGGCCAAGGGGCGCUACUCGGAGCCACAGGCAGCGGCGGUGGUGGCCACGGUGGUGCGCGUGCUGCAGCGGUGCCACGCGGCGGGGGUGAUCCACCGUGACGUGAAGCCAGAGAACAUCCUGCUCGCCUCCAAGCAGAGCGACACCGACGUCAAGCUCAUCGACUUCGGCGUGGCGACUUUCUUCCAGCCAGGCGUUCCCUGCACGGACAUGGCAGGGAGCCCCUACUACCUAGCCCCAGAGGUCCUUGCCGAAAGGUACGGGCCCGAGGCGGACGUGUGGAGCACGGGCGUGGUGCUCUACAUCCUGCUCUCGGGGCUGCCGCCCUUCUGGGCCCCUUGCAACGAGGGCAUCUUUGCGGCGAUUAAAGACGCGCCCGUGAACCUUGUGCGCCCGCCGUGGCCGUCGGUGUCGGGCGAGGUGCGGGAGCUGGUGGGGCGGAUGCUGGAGAAGCGGCCGCAGGACAGGAUCACACUGCAGGAGGUGCUGGAGCACCCGUGGAUUGUGCGACACACGCGCACGGCUGACUGAGGGCCACGAGUGGGCUGCUGGUAGCUUGGGGGCAUGGCAGAUGGAGGGAUGGAGAGAGAUGCACAUUUAGUGUCACAAAAGGUGUGAGGAGGGGCUAACAUUGUUAGUUGUGAAUAUACAUGUGUGGUACUGUCUGAUCUGGCAUGAAGGGCAGUAUAGCUUGUUUCUCUGCUGCUAACACAUGUAUAUAGCUAUCAGGUUGUCUUAAUGUACUCUAAUGUUGAAUUGUAAAU